UCUACUGUUAACAAAUCUUACGCCGUGCCGAGCUCUGCGAGGACCCCCAGAUCCCAUCAUUUCGCCUCCUCCCGUCAAGCGGCGGCUCGCACCGAACCGCCUGAUUUGCCGUGCGGACGUGCCGUCCAACCCAUGGCAGCCUCCUCCUCCUCCGCCUCCGCCUCCGUGGCCGGAAACGCGGGCGAGCAGCGGCUCCUCGACCGCUGCAUCGAUGCGGCGGCGCGCUGCCCGGCCUCCGUGGAGGCCUGGCGCCGCCAACGCCGGUCCCUCGAGCGCCUGCCCUCGCAGCUGGCCGACGCGCUCCUCCGCCGCCUCGCCGCUCGCCGCCUCCUUUUCCCCUCCCUCCUCGAGGUUUUCCGGCACUCGGUGCAGGAGAUCGACUUGAGCGGCGACAUCGCCGUAGAUGCGGAGUGGCUGGCUUACCUCGGCUCGUUCCGGUACCUGGGCGUCCUCAAGCUGGCCGACUGCAAGAAGGUCGACCACUCCGCGAUCUGGUCACUCUCAGGCAUGAGUAUGCUAAAAGAAUUGGACCUGUCGAGAUGCUCUAAGAUAACUGAUGCCGGCAUCAAACAUAUAGUCUCCAUUGAUAGCCUGGAGAAGCUACACUUAUCUGAAACUGGAUUGACUGACAAUGGGGUGAUGCUCAUCUCAGCACUAAAAGGUUUAAUUUUGCUAGAUUUGGGAGGAAUUCAUAUGACCGACAAAGCAUUACGGUCAUUACAGGUAUUGACACAACUUGAGCACCUUGAUGUAUGGGGUAGUGAAAUUACUGAUGAGGGAGCUUCCGUCCUUAAGGCGUUUACAGGAUUGAGGUUCUUAAAUGUUUCUUGGACACACGUGACUCGUUUACCACAUCUUCCAAACAUGAAAUAUCUUAAUAUGAGCAACUGUACAAUUUAUUCUAUUUGCGGCGGUGAUUCUGAAGUUCAUAUUCCUCUGCAAAAGUUUACGGCCUCUGCAGCCUCAUUUGGUGACAUUGAUGAAGUGUUCUCUAGCAUCGUAGCAAGCUCAUUUUCAUUCUUGGACAUGUCUGGUUGUUCUUUAAGCAAUUUAUAUGGCCUGCAAAAGAUGAAAAGUCUAGAGCAUUUGGACAUUAGCUUGAACAGAGUAACUGAUGAUGCAAUGGAGUAUGUUGCAAAUAUUGGAAUGAAGCUGAGAUAUCUAAGCCUCAAGAAUACUGGAAUAACCUCUCAGGCACUAUGUAUUUUGGCAGGAACAGUUCCAAACCUGGCUUCACUGUCUUUAGCUUAUACAAAAAUCGAUGAUUCUGCUCUAGUAUAUAUCAGCAUGAUGCCUUCAUUGAGAGUGAUAGAUCUAAGUCAUACAACUAUCAAAGGGUUCACUCGUGUUGAAGCAAACUCAGAGAAAAUACCGUCUCUGCCUCUACUUGAGCAUCUCAUAUAUCUUGAAAGUCUAAAUCUGGAGGAUGCACCACUAUCAGAUGAAGUUAUACCUCCCAUGGCAUCGUUUAGAGCACUAAAAUAUUUGUACCUGAAAAGUGAUUUCUUGUCUGAUCCCGGAUUGCAUGCCCUGUCUUCUGCCUCAAAUUUGAUACAUCUUGGAUUUUGUGGGAGUGUAUUAUCAAACUCUGGGCUUCUGGAAUUUGUGCCCCCUGCCCAGCUACAUGUGUUGGAUUUAAGUGGCUGCUGGAUCUUAACAGGGGAUGCCAUCUCAACAUUUCGUAGGCAUCACCCGUCGAUAGAGGUGAGACAUGAACUAACGCAGGAACUUCAACCAAAUCGUGGCAGUACUUCACAAGUUCACAAGUCUAGGCAACUUCCACGUGCAAAAACAAAAGUUGUUAAUAGCUCGGCUGAUUCUAGAAGGCAUUCUGGUAUCUUCUUCGUAGAUCAAAGGAUAAAAUACAGCAGGGAGGAAAUGAUGGAGAUCCAAGAGCAUACCCAACCGAAUUCUGUGUUGCAUGUUGUGCCGCUUCCACCAGAACUGCGAAGGAUGGAAUGAGCCAAGUUCUGGUUUACAUUUCUCACCCGUUUCAGUCUCGUUAUUUGAUUAAACAGUUUAGCCAUUCUAUUUUCUUGAGGGACGUGACAAUUUUGUGUUAGCUAAAGACAGCUGGUGCCUCUCUCACUGUAUGCUGGAAACUUUCCGAGUUGUAAUAUGAAGAAUUAGCUUGUACUAUGAUUUAUAUGCUUUUGUGAUCCUGAAAUAUGUAUUCAGUCAGUUCAUCUGUUUUAACAGAGGGCAUUUGUGUUA